CUCCUGGUGCUGCCUGUGAGCUCCUUCCGUGUGCGGACCCGGCGCUCUUUUGUGAAGCGGCAGCUGAGGAGCCUCCAGCGCUCGCCAUGGCCGGCGAGAAACCCAAGGAAGGAGUCAAGACUGAGAACAAGGAUCAUAUUAAUUUGAAGGUGGCGGGGCAGGAUGGUUCUGUGGUGCAGUUUAAGAUUAAGAGGCAUACACCACUUAGUAAACUCAUGAAAGCCUAUUGUGAACGACAGGGAUUGUCCAUGAGGCAGAUGAGAUUCCGGUUUGAUGGACAGCCAAUCAAUGAAACAGACACACCUGCACACUUGGAAAUGGAGGAUGAAGAUCCGAUUGAUGUGUUCCAGCAGCAGACAGGAGGUGUCCACUAAAAAGGGAACCUGCUACUUUACUCCAGAAUUUGGUUGUAGACCAAGAACACAUUCGCAAUUAGAAAGCCGCAAUUUGCUUCCUCCACAUCCUGACGACUACAGUGUAGUUUUCUCUAGUCUUUCAUUUCCCUGUCCCCAUUUCUUUAUUGUACAUAAAGUAACUGGUGUAUGUGCACAAGCAUAUUGCGCUUUUUUUUUCUUUCUUGUUUU